AUGAAAUUCUAUUGCAUCGAAGAGAAUAUUAAGAAAUUCUUCUUCAACUAUGGCGGUUUCAUCGCCAGGCACCCGUUGUGGUUCCUAUUCUCACCGAUGUUGCUGGCUGGAGUACUCGGUGUUGGAAUUUCGUUCAUUACAAGUGAUCAGAGCGUAGAGAAUUUAUACACACCGGAGAAUGGGCAGGCGAAAACAGACCGGAAAACAGUGGAAGAGCUUUUUACACAACAUGGCGACAACGACACCUUAGUGACUCGUUUGACAAGUCUUGGUCGAUCGGGGAAAGUAAUCAUACAAAGACAAGAUGGUGGAAACGUUUUGACGGAGACUGUCUUUAAAGAAAUUCUUCAUCUUCAUGAAGAAAUUCUUAAUCUUCAUGGGACGAUGCUACACAACGAUUCGGUGGAUACAUUUUAUUUUGUUGAUCUCUGUGUCAAAUGGAACAAUACUUGUAAUGAAAACGCAAUACUGUCUGUUUACGAUUACAACUCAAGCAUGUUACAGGCGAUCAAUCUGACUUAUCCUGUCUACAAUUCAAACAAACAGUUUGUAUUUUCUGGUGGAGAGCUGGGAGGAGUGAAGUUCAAAUCUAAUUUAUCGGAUGAAGUACUUUCAGCAGAGGUCAUGCAGUUGUCUUACAUCUUACGGCAUCAAGACAGCAUGGACGACCAACGUAGUGCUCUAUGGGAGGACGAGUUUCUUCAAGUUGUUGAAGCCUUCAAUGCAACUGAGAUAAGAGUCACUCGCCAGGUAUCCAGUACUCUUGAGACAGAGUUAGAUAAAGCCAGCUCCAAUGUCAUCAAAGACUUUAGUAUCACUUUUACUUUGCUGAUUACCUUCAGCAUUUGUUCCUGUGUGAUGUUGGACUGGGUACGGAGCAAGCCUUGGUUGGCCGGUUGUGGGGUGAUAUCUGCCGGCCUAGCUGUGCUCUCAUCGUUCGGUCUGAUGGGUUACAUCGGAGUACCUUACAUCAAUGUGGUGGGAUCGGCACCAUUUCUUAUUAUUGGUAUUGGAGUCGACGACAUGUUCAUCAUGGUUGCUGCCUGGCGACAGACUGGCGCCAGACUGCCCGUGGAAGAGCGCAUGCGUCAAGCCUUCUCCGAGGCUGCCAUGUCGAUAACCAUCACGUCCAUCACAGAUGCCUUGGCUUUCGGUAUUGGCGCUAUAACGUACUUCAGAUCGGUGCGUAUAUUCUGCAUUUAUACCGGCGCGGCUGUCGUCUUUGACUACGUAUACCAGAUUACUUUCUUCGGUGCCUGCAUGGCUCUAUUUGGUAGACGUGAGGCGGCGAACAGACACUGCAUGUCAUGUCUUAAAGUCAAACCUAAGGAGGAGACCGAAUCUACAGCGUACAAGAUAUUCUGCGCAGGUGGGUCAAAACCAUCAGCCGACCAAGAUGGGGACUUCAACGAUCAUGCCUUGAUGAUAUUCUUCAAGAAGUAUUACGGCCCCUUUAUCACAAGAUGGUGGAUCAUAAUUCUUAUCAUAGUCUUAUACCUUGGCUACCUGGGUGCCGCCAUCUAUGGAUGUACCCAGGUACAAGAAGGUCUUAGUCUACGCAACCUCGCCCGAGAUAACUCAUACGCUGCUGACUUCCUAGAUCUGGAAAGUGCCUACUUCAAGCAGUAUGGUCCGCAGGUUGCAUUGGUGUUCACCGAGAAAAGAGACGUCUGGACUCCUAUAGUACAAGACAUCAUGGAACAGACUUUAACAAAGAUGGAAGACAACGAGUAUACGUUUAGUAGAGAGCAGAAUCUGUCUGCUUCAUGGCUACGGGACUAUCUUGAUUUCCUGAACUCUACCAACCUCAAAGAACCAAACCAGGCCCAGUUCAUCAACAUACUCCGAGACGAUUUCCUCAAACAUCCAGCCUUCAAACAGUACUCCCUUGAUAUUGUUUUCUGCGAUAACGGCACCAACAUUAAGGCCUCGAGAUUCUUUGUCACAACGAAGGACCUGAACACCACCGAAAAAGAAAGAUUCAUGACGACUGAGCUGAGACAAAUUGCAAAGGAUUCAGAGCUACCUGCAAUAGUCUACCACCCAUCCUUCAUCUUCUAUGAUCAAUACAUAUCAAUCUUGCCAAACACGCUUCAGAACUUAGGCAUCGCGGUCGGAGCUAUGUUUAUUAUAGCUUUAAUCAUGAUCCCUAACCCAAUCUGUUCUUUCAUCGUUACUCUGGCUGUAGCCUCUAUCGUUACAGGGGUGGUUGGGUACAUGACCUUUUGGCAAGUCAACCUCGAUUCCAUCGCCAUGACGAACCUCAUUCUCUGCAUAGGGUUCAGUGUGGAUUUCUCAGCACACAUCAGCUACUCCUACGUCACAGCAGACAAAUGGUCACGUCAGGCCAACAUCAUCCAUGCUCUGUACUCCGUCGGCAUGCCCAUCGUACAGGGUUCCCUCUCUACCAUACUCGGCGUCGUAGUUCUCGCCUUUACAGAUUCGUACAUCUUCAGAACCUUCUUCAAGACGAUGUUUCUUGUUAUUUUCAUCGGUGCCUUGCAUGGACUUGUUUUCCUCCCCGUUUUCCUCCGGCUCACAAUUCCCGUGAAGACGAGUCCCCCAACGAACUACGCGAACGGUACUGCAAUGGUUGUGGUUCCAGUCGACCAUCAACCGAGGCUGGCCACCGUGUCCUCCCACGUCGCACCCAGACCGCUCUCUGCACCCUGUUACAUCAACAACCACAAGACGAUGCCCACCACCCCGUUGUCCCCAAGCCCUCCAUCAUAUCAAGACUACCUGCGAGAUUUGGCGUCUGACAGAUCAUUGCACAUCCCUAGGGCUAGGCCUAUGUCAGCGUAUUGA